AUUCGAGUAACCAAAAUAGAUUAAUCAUCGUCACAGAAUUUCGUGAGAUUUCAAGGAAAUUUAGGACAUUUCCUGCGAAAAUUUGGUGAAAAAUACCCGGAAAAAGCACAACACGAGCCGUAUUGAGUGAAGCCGACUGAAGGGUGUAUCAUGAGCAACUUCGAGGAUAAUCCAUUCGGGGAACCGAUAAUCGCCGAUCCUUUUGCAGAUCCCUCAAUUCAGAGAGUGGCGCAAAGCACAGCAGCGAACCAAAAUUCCUUAGAAAACUACCAACCGUUCGAGCAAAAUGCAAGCACGACGAUGUCACAAAAUAAUGGGCCCGCUGUGAUGGCACCGAGCACACAAUCCACGACUCAAGUCAGUGAUCCAGCAGCUGUAACCCAAAUAUCCACAGCCGAGUUACAGCGACGUCAAGAAGAAUUAGAACGCAAAGCUCAAGAGCUGGAGAGAAGAGAACAAGAACUGCGCAACAAUACAUCUCAGGCACGUCCUAAUAAUUGGCCUCCGCUUCCAGCUGCAUGUUGCGGGCUCCAACCGUGUUUCUAUCAUGACAUUCAAUUGGAUAUACCCACGGAAUUUCAGAAAAUUGUCACGAAUUUAUAUCGACUAUGGAUUUUUUACGUGCUGUUACUCAUGGUCAACAUAUUGGGAGGCUUGAUUGUCAUUUUCAACGGAGGGCAUUUCGCAACCUUUGGCCUAAGCAUCUUCUACAGUAUAAUUUUCGUCCCAUCGUCAUUCUUGUGCUGGUAUCGCCCCAUCUACAAAGCAUUCCAAAAAGAUUCCAGCUUCAACUUUAUGGUCUUUUUCCUUGUUUUCUUUUUCCAAUUCAUCGUCACAUGCAUCCAAGCACUCGGACCGAACGACGGGGGACAUUGCGGCUUCAUUAUGGCAUUGUCGCAAUUUGAUGGCACAGCAGGAGGCAUUUUUGCGGGCAUCUUUUUGCUGCUUAUCGCAUCGGGCUUUGCGUGUGCUGCAGCCGCCAAUGCCAUCAUGUUGGGAAAAGUUCACAUGAUUUAUCGUGCAAGCGGCACUACGAGUAUGGCAAAGGCCCAACAAGAGUUCCAAAGCGAGUUUUGGCGCAAUCAAACGGUGCAAAAUGCCACCAAUGAAGCCAUUGGACAAACUGUUGGAUCUGCUUUCAGACAAAGAUACUAAAAAAAAUAACGAGAAAAAUACGAGAAAAGUCAUCAAGACACGAUUAAUAGAGCAUAAAAAAGCUGAAUUUGAUGAAAAAACACUAAACGUCCAAAAAUUAACAUUAAAUCUAUCAAAUUUAUUAAUUUUCUUGCAAAAAAAGUGAAUCAAAAACCGUUUGAGAGAAGAAAAUUGAUAAAAGACUUAACCCUACCUUACUAAUAAAUAUUUAGAGAAUAAAAAAAUCACUGACUUGACUACUUUUUAGGUAGAGAAGUAGCUAGAGUUUGUACAAGUCAAGAGUCAACUAUCACUUUUUAAUAAAUUUAUCCCAAAAUAUUCAUAAAAAAUAAAAAUAAAUAUGUUACAAAUUAAUAAUAAUAAUUAGAAAGGACUAAAUAAAGCGAAAAGUUAGGUAAAAAAAUAAAAUAAAAUAUAAAAAUAAUGUUGAUGAUGCUUUGACUGUUAAAUGAUGAAUAUUUAUGUUACAUGCAGAUGAAAAAGUCAAAUUAUUUAAAAAAGAAGCUUAAAAUGGACUUUAAUUAUACGUAAAAAAUUUCUUGUGUCACGUGUCGAUCCUCUGUGCAAAGUUAUGUUUCUAUUCUUGUGUCUUACAAAUAAAAUUACAAACAAAAUAAAAGAGUU